UUUUUCAAGAAAAAUAUGAAAAUUUUAAUUUUUUUUCUUCUUUUAUCAUCAUUAUCAUUAUCACAGAAUAUUUUCAAACGUAUAUGUUAUCUACGACCUGAAUCAAAUUUUCCAAUCGAUUAUGUUAUACAGAAUAAUAUCUGUACACAUAUUAUUAUUGCAUUUGUUUCGAUUGAUUCGGAAUCGAAUUUAUCAUUCGAUCAAACAUUUAUUGAUUUUUUACAACUUUGUCGACAAUCAAUCGAUACGAUUAAUAAUAAUGAAAAUUAUCCAAAAUUAAUGUUUUCGAUUGGUGGUGGUGGAGCCGGUGGCUGGAAGAUGGCGUCAUCUACCGAUGAACGUCGUAAACGUUUUGUUCAAUCAAUUUUACAAUUUAUUCAACAAUAUCAAUUAGAUGGUGUCGAUAUUGAUUGGGAAUUUCCAUCAUGGCCAAAAAAAUUAACACAAUAUUCUGAACGAAAUGAUUUUAUUAAAUUAUUACAAGAAAUACGACGAAAUUUUGAUCAUGAAAAACAAAUUUCGGGUAAACAUUUGAUAUUAAGUGCAGCAGUUGCUGCACAAUUUGUUAUCAUACAGGUUUCAUAUAAACCAGUGGAAAUGGCCGAAUCAGUUGAUUUUAUCAAUCUAAUGACUUAUGAUUAUUUUAUUCAUAAAUGGUAUUGGCCUUAUGUUGGACAUAAUAGUCCAUUAUAUUCACCGAUAAACUUGCCAUUUAAUUUUAUCAAUGUAACAAAAACAUUUUCCGUUGAAUGGUCAGCUGAAUAUUGGGUAAAAAUUGGUAUGCCUCGUCAUAAAAUUAUGGUCGGUAUACCAACAUACGGUAAACGUUAUACAUUGUUUCAUUCGAAAAUUAAUUAUCCUGGAGCUAUGGCUAUAAGUGGUGGAAAUGAUAUGAUCUAUAGUGAAGUAUGUGAAUUUCUUAAACGUAAAAAUACUGUUGAGAAAUAUGAUAGCAUAGCACAUUCACCAUAUGCAUAUAAUGAACGUGAAUGGAUUAGUUUUGAAAAUCAACAAAGUGCCUCACAAAAAGCCAAAUGGAUACGAAUGAAAAAUUUUGGUGGUUUAAUGAUAUUUUCAUUGAAUGCUGAUGAUUAUCGACAACAAUGUUCCAAUAAUAUUGAUAAUGAUGAUAAUGAUGAUAGUAAAAUAUUGUUUCCAAUUCAUAUGGCUAUACGUGAUUCAGUGAUUAAUUCUUAAAUUAAAAAAAUUUUAAAGUAAUUCUCAAGGCCAUCCUUAUAAUUCAUCGUGAUCAUCCAUUAUCAAUUCAAAAAAAUAAUAAUUAGAACAUUAUGAUUAUAAUAAUU